AGCAUCUCUGGAGCAGCGGAGCGACGCGGAGGACGGAGACACACAAUGAGGAGAUUUUAGCUCAAUGUUGUUGUUUUUCUGCACACUGGAUGUGGAUGUUUUAAAGACACUGACCCUGCUUGCCUGCCGUAGAUCACCGCGGAGCUCUGACUUUAUUCUAUCAAUGAGAUAUGUGGAGAGGCUCUACCGCCCGGUGGUAACGCAGAAAAACACAAGAUGAAGAAGCAGUUCAACCGGAUGAGACAGCUCGCCAACCAGACUGUGGGCAGAGCUGAAAAAACAGAAGUAUUAAGUGAAGACCUACUACAGGUGGAGAAACGUCUGGAGCUGGUGAAGCAGGUUUCACACAGCACACACAAGAAGCUGACCGCCUGUCUGCAGGGCCAGCAGGGCGUGGACGUGGACAAGAAGUCCGUCAGGUCGCCUUCGAAGAAGCUUCCUCUGACAACACUAGCACAAUGUAUGGUGGAGGGGGCGGCAGUGCUCGGGGACGAGUCUCUACUCGGGAAGAUGCUGAAGCUCUGCGGCGACACGCAGGACAAACUGGCCACCGAGCUCAUGUUGUUCGAGCUCACCAUCGAGAGGGACGUCGUCGAGCCUCUGUACGACCUCGCAGAGGUGGAGAUCCCAAACAUCCAGAAACAGAGGAAACAUUUAGCGAAGCUGGUCCUGGACAUGGACUCAGCACGCACACGGUAUUAUCAGUCCACCAAGUCUUCAGGACUCUCCAGUAACCUGCAGCCAUCAGGAGCAAAGGCCGACCACCUCAGGGAGGAGAUGGAGGAGGCAGCCAACCGCAUGGAGAUCUGCAGAGAUCAGUUAUCAGCAGACAUGUACAGUUUUGUGGCCAAAGAAAUUGACUAUGCAAGCUACUUCCAGACACUGAUAGAAGUCCAGGCAGAAUACCACAGGAAGUCAUUAGAGCUGCUUCAGAGCGUGUUGCCCCAGAUCAAAGCUCAUCAGGAGACCUGGGUGGAGAAGCCGUGCUACGGGAAGCCAUUAGAGGAGCACUUAGCGCUCAGCGGGAGAGAUAUUGCCUUCCCCAUCGAGGCCUGUGUCACCAUGCUGCUGGAGUGCGGCAUGCAGGAGGAGGGUUUGUUCAGAAUCGCUCCUUCGGCCUCCAAACUGAAGAAGCUGAAGGCCUCUUUGGACUGCGGCGUGUUGGACGUUCAGGAGUACUCUGCAGACCCUCACGCCAUCGCGGGAGCUUUGAAGUCCUACCUGCGUGAACUCCCCGAGCCGCUGAUGACAUACGAGCUCUACAACGACUGGAUCCAGGCCUCCAACAUUCAAGAUCAAGAUAAGAGGCUUCAGGCUCUGCUGAACGCUUGUGAGAAACUCCCCUCAGCCAACAACAACAACUUUAAGUAUUUGAUCAAAUUCCUCUCCAAACUGACCGAAUACCAGGAUCUGAACAAGAUGACGCCUGGAAACAUCGCUAUCGUCCUCGGACCGAACCUGCUGUGGAUGCACAACGAAGGCAACAUCACAGAGAUGAUGACCACAGUUUCGCUGCAGAUCGUCGGCAUCAUUGAGCCCAUCAUCCAGCACGCCGACUGGUUCUUCCCCGGAGAAAUCGAGUUCAACGUCACAGGGAACUACGGGAGCCCGGUCCACACCAACCACAACUCCAACUACAGCUCCAUGCCGUCACCGGACAUGGAGCAGAUGGAGCGGAGGCAGAACGACCAGAGUCGCCGGCCGCUCAGCGUCGCCACGGACAACAUGAUGCUGGAGUUCUACAAGAAGGACGGCAUUAGGAAGAUACAAAGCAUGGGUGUCAGGGUGAUGGACACUACUUGGGUGUCGCGCAGGGGCUCGUCUUCCACGCGUAAAUGCUCCUCCACGCCACCGAGUGCACCCCCCACCCCGCCCACCGACGCUCUCGUCCCAGAGCAGCCGGGGGAUUUCUCCGCCUCCCCCUCCCCCACCCCUCCUCCCACUAACAGCGACCGAGCCAGCUCGGAUGAUGCGUCCUCCAAUUGGCCGGACUCCUGUUACGCCUACCCCUCCCCCGAGGAGGAGAGGCCGCCUCCCCCUUACCCCUCUUCCUCCUCCUCUUCCUCCUCCUCCUCUUGCUCCUCCUUCUCGCUCCCUCACCACCAUUACUACGCCCGAGCACCUCCGGUUAUGCGCCCCGUCGCCCCCAACCCUGACUCCGUGCCCCCCGGCCCGUCCCCUCCCUCCCGCCGCUGUGGCCACAGUCCCCCCCCACUCCCCCACUCCCUCUGCCCCUCCCCUCAGCCGCUUGACAUCAACUCCAACCCCAAACCCAAUUCCCUGCACCUGCCCAAGCAGGCCUCCCUGUCCGACGCCUCGCAUGCGGCCCAGCCCGAAACGAAUGGCUCCACCCUUUACAUCAAACCCCCGCUCGUUCUCACUCGCCACGACCUCUUCCUUGGCUCCCCCAAACCCCCCAACACCCUAUCUGCUCCCCCUCCAUGGGCCACCUGUGCCUGUAGCCGGGAGAGAGGAGCCAAGCUGACUAGUACUCUGAAGAACAAGGAGUUGUCUCCAGUGAUCGGACAGAAGGGACUCCAGGGGUCGAUGUCCUCUAGUGGACAGUCUGACCACAGCCCUCACACCAUGAGGAGAGGUAAAGACAAGCUGGCCCCGAUCCCCCCUAAAGUCCCGUACUGCCAGUCCGGAGCCAUGUCCGACCAGUCCACUGGCCAGCCGUCUCCGGUCAGCCUGUCUCCACCCCCCAGCACCCCGUCCCCGUACAGCUUCAGCUACCCGCAGGGUUACGCCACCAUCGGCUCCCCGGGGCAGAUCCAGAUCCAGAUGGCCACCACCCCGUCCCUCUCCUCUCCGCCCUCGCUGGCUGGGACCCUCACCAAGGCCAGGCCGACCCCCAAGCCGCCCCGGCAGAGGCCCAGCUUACCUCCUCCUCAGCCCCCCAGCACGCCCGGCACCAGUCCCCAACCUCUGGACCAUUCGACGGGACUCCUGGACGGAUUGUCCCCCGGGGAGAGCAUGUCCACAGAUUCUCUCUGCAACUUGGACAUCCCCAUCAUCAACGUGGACCUGGACGGUAUCUUCGACUUGCCCCACAUCUCCCCCUUCAGGAACUCAUGGGCACUGCUGGACUCGACCAAAAGCCGAGCGGAGCCGGAGGAAGAGUCUGAGAGCACAGUGCUAUGACGCCACUGAGACACCACGCCAACCCCCACCUCCCAUCAGCUGAUUAAAUGAAACACAAGGCUACUGCUGCAACGUCUCGCUCAAACCCCCUCCAGUCACUCAUUUAUUGACCUUUCACCUCUCCAGCUGGGUCACUUCAGCCUCACCUGUACUCGAUGCAGAGGGCUCAGCUUGUAAAAACUUUAAGAAAAUAACAAAAAAUACAAACCUAAAAGAAAUCACCACGAGGGGACUUUUGAUCAAACACUUAAUUUGACAUUUUAUGUUGUUUUUUUUAUUUAAUUUUUCUUUUUGCCUUAUUUGACUCACUUGCAAUAUUGCCUUUAACUUCACACACGAGACUGGAAACAGGCUGCUGGGAGGAUUGAGUGCUCUCUGCUGCUUCUCACGAGUGAAUUUAAAGAAAGGAAGAACAACACAGAUCCGUACAUCCGUCCUGCCAACACUUUUGUUCAUCUCCCAUCUCACGUUCCUCCUCCAUUCCUCGGGGGUAAUCAGUUUGAAAUGCCACGUUCCGGCAUGUGGUUGCAAACAACCCCCCCCUGAAAUCCCGUCCCACCUGAGCGUUCACUGUGAGUGUGCCAGUGCGUCAUUUUGGAAAGUGUGUGUAUGUGUGUGUGUUUGUAUGUGUUUGGUAAUUGUAUUAUAUGAUGUUGCACUGUUGGAUGUCGUAAAACAGGAAUGCAUGUUUUAGAGAUUUAGGAGAUUAACUACCAGGUUGCAAAGAGGUCGAACGCCCAAUCACACUUCUCUCUGUAUUUACAUCAAUCAGGAUACAAAUCACUGAAUAUUUAUUGUUUAUAUUGUACAUUUGCAGAAUAUAUGAUACAUUUAACAUUAUAAAUCAUAUUUUGUAUCUACAGGAGAGCUAUGAAGACACCAUUUCCCUCCAGAUAGAAUACAGUAAAUACUGUCAGGGCGCUAAUAAACAGAGAUAUAUAUAAAUAGGUACAAAAUAAAAGGGCUGGGAUGGCUUUAAGAAUGUUAAAGGGAAAAGGAAAAAUUCGAUGUGACUACACCUUAUCUUUUCAGCAUGCAAAGCUGCGUUGGAUUUUUCAUUUUCCCAUAUCGAGUAAUUACAUUUUGAAGAACCUGGAGCUUAAUCUGCAGAGAAUUUAUGACGCCUGGAGUGUGCCACCAGAACAUUUGCUCAAAUUAUUCUCAAUUAUUUUUGAUUGUCCAGCUUCAUAUGUACUGGAAGGAGUGUUUGGCCAAUUAGAGCUCCUGCUGCUGCUCUGUGGGUUGACUUUGAUUAAAGGUUCCCUGCAUAGACUGUAUUUAUAAAGUUGUUUUGAAGCCUCAAAUUCGGCAAUUUCGCUGUCUCAAUCUUGGGUUACGGCUGCAGCCAUGUUGUUUUUUUUAGCAACCAAUUAACGGAAGUGAUCAUAUUUGGAAUGCGGAGGAAGGACGUAAGACGCCAUAUACAUCUCUGGUAGAGAACUGUCAAUCACAGUAGCCCCGCCCUAAAGCAUACUCUGCAUUAUGGUCUAUUUGACUCUAACUGGACCAUCAUUUACUAAAUGAACAUCAUGUUGUAUUGAAGAAGACUUGAAACUAGAGAUUGAGACCAUAAACUCAUGUUUACAAUGUUUACUGAGGGAAUAAAUCAAGAGAGAAGUAGAGUCAUUUUCUCAUAGACUUCUAUACAACCAGAGGAGUCGCCCCCUGAUGGUCAGUAGAGAGAAUGCAGGUUUUAAGACACUUCAGAAUUAGCUUCACCCGGCAGAAAACGUUAAACGAAAGACUGUAUUUAACUUUUAUAAUUAAACAGGUACAAAUGUUCUCUGGUGGCAAACUUCAGGAUCCAUAUGUGACGUUCUGGAGAAUCAUCCUUGAUAAGUCGUUGUCCUCCUGCCCUGAGGUAUUAUAACAUCCCAUCAUAUCAAAACAAAGAACUGAAAACAGUCACACUCCCAGAAAAAAAGGUGCUAUUUUUGUCAACAACAACAAAAAAAAGCCUCUAUGGCAAAACAAGCACACUUUUCUUUCUGACGGAGCACUUUCAGUUUCUGCCACCUCCCCAUUGCAGUUUAUAGGAAACCCUGUCUGAUGAUGCUGAUAUUUUUUGGUCUAUAUAAGUGAACCAGAGGCAAGUGCAAAGAUAUGUGUAUAUGUGUUUAUUUUGAUGAGAGUAUUUAUACAGAUAUAUUUCUGAAUACUUUUUACUAGGUCUGAAGAGUUGUGAUUGUGAAUCUCAUGUGAGGAUUUAAAAAAAAAAAAAAAAAAGGUUUAAACACGGGACCAGAAUUUCUCUCUGCUGUCGCAUCGAAACCUUUUAUCAGGAGUCAGGAGGUUUUAAGAGACAAACUUGAAAAAUCAAUAAAACUGGAGUAACAAGGUUUGCAUACGACAGCAGCAGUUUGUUAUUUGCCUUGUGGUGGGUUUUGUUGAGACCUGUCCAGAUUUGAAAGACUUCAUUUGGUCCUGAGAACAUCCACUUCACAUGGCCUCAAAGUCACUGUGCUGCUCUGCCAUCCUCUUUUCUUUAAAGUGCGAUAUGAUUCACAGGACUUGUGUAAAUACCGGAGCCUCUGUACAUACGUGUUCUGUAUAUAGUGGCAGGGGAGAAAUUU